UGUAAACUCACUGAGCGCUGAGCACAAGAACAGCAUCUGAAGAGCACAGGUCAAACUAUUUAAAGAAAAAUGCUCUCCAGCAACUCUGAGCCAAUAAUUUACACAAACAUCACGACCAACAUCGAUGAGUUCGUCCUUCAAGGCUUCCCCGGACUCCAAACUCAAUAUUACAAACUGCUAGGAACCUUCUUCUUCCUGAUCUACUUAGUUUUAGCAGCUGGAAACAUCUUCAUCAUCGUGUUCGUAUCGUACGAGAAGAGUCUCCACAAGCCGACGUACGUUAUCUUCUGUAACCUCGCAGUAGCAGACCUGGCGUUCGGGACCACCACUCUUCCCAGAGUCAUUGCUAAGUACUGGAUGUCCAACAAGAUCAUUUCUUUUCACGCUUGUUUCGUUCAGAUGUAUUUCGUGCACUUUUUAGGAGCUACCAGCUCGUUUCUCAUGGCUUUAAUGGCUCUGGAUCGGUUUGUCGCCAUAUGCAACCCUCUCAGAUACCCAACGCUGAUUAAAAACUCCACUAUCGCGAUUCUCUGCGCUGCGGUUUGGGCGGCGAACCUCCUCCAGCUCGGGGUGAUCACUGCACGAGCCCUCAGUUUAACAUACUGCGGGCCCAACCUCAUAGCUCAGUGCUACUGCGACCACUUCUCCAUCAUCAAGCUGUCCUGCUCGGACAUCACCUCCGUCAAAAACACCAGCCUAGCCGUGGCUAUCCUGGUGCUCUGGGGUCCCUUAAUUUAUAUCGUGUUCUCAUACGUAUCCAUCAUCAUUUCAGUCAUGAAAAUCGCGAAUAAAGAAGGAAGAUACAAGACCUUCUCCACCUGCACGCCUCAGCUCUUCAUGAUCUGCCUCUACUACCUGCCCAGGACUUUCGUGUACCUGGCCAGUAACCUGGGCCUGGACCUGGGGACCGAUCUCCGCAUCCUUCUGACCAUGAUGUGCAGCUUCUUCCCUGCUCUCAUCAACCCCUUCAUUUACUGCUUCAGAACCAAAGAGAUUAAAGACAUUUUAAUCAAGAAAUUCAAGCAAAGACAGACGAGAGUAGACGGGAAAAAAUUAUUUAACACAAAAUAAAUAAUAUCAUGUGAUGUGCUGCAAUAUAUUAUAAUUAUACAGAACAAUGUGAUUUUAUAGAAAUAGAACUAAAAACAAAAAAAAAAAAAAAAA